UCUUCAGACGAGUCUCUGUACGGCUUCCUUCUUCCCUCUGACGCUCUUUCUCCGUCAAAUUCUCUUUAGAAGAUCUUUUUUUGACCUAAAGAGAGAAUUUUUCUGAGAGAUUGAGUCGAAAGAGUUACUCUUUCUUCCAAAAGAGAUAGUUCUCUUUGAAGAUCUAUCGAUCGAUCGUGAUAGAGAGAUGCAAGCCGUCUCGAAAGCUUCUUCUGCUAUCUCCUUCUUUCGCUGUUCUAGGAAGCUUUCAAGCCAGCCAUGUGUGAGACAGCUUAACCUCAGAAAGGGUCUUGUGUGCAGAGUCAUGAAGCUGGUCUCUGCACCUCUUAGGACUUUGCGUGGUGCGGGUAAAUCUAUCCGAGUCUCAAAGUUCUGCAGCGUCUCUAACCUCUCCUCAUUGCAAAUUGAACUGGUGCCUUGUCUUAAGGACAACUAUGCUUAUAUUUUGCAUGAUGAGGAUACGGGUACAGUUGGGGUAGUUGACCCUUCUGAAGCUGAACCUGUUAUCGAUUCGUUGAAGAGGAGUGGUCGAAACCUAACAUACAUAUUAAAUACACAUCAUCAUUAUGAUCACACUGGUGGUAAUUUGGAAUUAAAAGAAAGGUACGGUGCAAAGGUGAUUGGCUCAGCUCUGGAUAGAGACCGGAUUCCUGGAAUUGAUAUAGCCUUGAAGGAUGGUGACAAAUGGAUGUUCGCUGGCCAUGAAGUCCAUGUUAUGGAUACUCCCGGCCACACAAAAGGCCAUAUUAGCUUAUACUUUCCAGGAUCACGAGCUAUCUUUACUGGGGACACCUUGUUUAGCUUAUCAUGUGGUAAACUCUUUGAAGGUACUCCUAAGCAGAUGCUUGCUUCUCUCCAAAAGAUCAUAUCUUUACCAGAUGACACAAGCAUAUACUGUGGUCACGAAUAUACGCUGAGUAAUUCCAAGUUUGCAUUGUCUCUUGAGCCAAACAAUGAAGUACUCCAGUCUUAUGCAGCUCAUGUUGCAGAUCUCCGUAGCAAGAAAUUACCUACGAUUCCAACAACACUGAAGAUGGAGAAAGCAUGUAACCCGUUCCUCCGCAGCUCGAAUGCAGAUAUUCGACGGGCUUUACGUAUUCCAGAGACGGCAAAUGAAGCAGAAGCUUUAGGGAUCAUCCGACAAGCAAAGGAUGAUUUCUAAAGAUAAGAUUUCUCUUGAGGUAAAACCUUUGGUUUGCUUCUCUAGUCCACCAAACAAGAUGUGUGCACCCUUUGACCUGUACUUUAUAAAAACAGAAACAAAAACAAAAACAAAAGAAGAAAAGAGAGUUUUUUUUUUUUUGUUUAA